CCGCUUCUGGCAGGAAGCCUGGUGACGUCACGGAGGGACUACAUUGCGGCGGAAGGACACGGUGUAAACGUAGUACCGGGGUCUUUCCGUGACGGGUCGUACGGCCGAUCUGCGUCUCUCCCGCUCCCGGAUGCAGAUUUACUAAGAGAGCGGCGAUAGCCGGGCCCGGGCGGCCUCCGUGAGACAAUGCGCUCAGAUUACUGAUAUGACGUCAUAUCCGGAAACAACUGCCCCGGCGGCUCUGACCAAUCAGAGAGCGAGGCUGUUUAAAUGCCCUGAGUUACCAGGGGCCCCAACAAUAUCUACCCUGAGACACCGGGCAACAUGGGCACCAGGGAUACAGGUGGAGUCGCUAUUGCCAACAAUCUGCUAAAUAAAUGUCACAUCAACUUGCAAGUCCGAGACGUGAUAGAAUGCGAUGCCCAUGUUUUUGUUGCUCUCUAUGAAGCCAUUUUAGGAGAGAAAGUUCCAGAUUAUAUUCUGAGCUCUCGGGGUCCAGAAGAUGAUGCACACAAUGUCCAGUCUGUAAUUGACUCUCUUGCACUUGACUAUUUACAAGUCAGUCUAUCCCAUAUAACAGGGGAGAAUAUCGUCAGGGGAGACGCUGAAUCAAUUCAGAAUCUGUUGGAAAUCUUUGAUGGGUUAUUGGAAUAUCUGACGGAACAAAUCAGCGAAGUAUCUUCUCAGAAUGGAGAUGAUUUGGACAACCAUUUCCAUUCCAGGGUGCAGCAAGAGGGGAUUUUGAACGGGCAGGGUGGUCUAAAACCUCCUCCAUCUGCAGGUAAUCUUGGCAGGUUUUCAGCUCAAUCUUCUGAAAUCUCUUUCCCAUCGUGGGAUGUGGAUGGUUCGGAAUCUACCGCUGAAUUAAUCAAACUCGGGGAUACUGCGCACACAUUCACUGUCCGGGGAUCGGAUUUGGAAAGAUUAAAGGUUUCAUUGAAAGACGCCAAAUCAGUCUCUCAAAAGUCUUUACAUGACCGUGAUCGAUCCUCAUCACCACAAGCCCCAAAGGGGCCUUUCCAUAAUCAGGAGUCGCCCAAACCCCGGUCUCGUGUUCUGAAUGGUGUGCAUCUGGGUGAAAUGAGGAAACCGGAAGAAACUCCUGCAACAGCUAUUCCGCUAAACCCCCCUUAUCAGCCUGACCAAGCCCAUCGCCAUCUUUUGGCCAGUCCAGGGAGGAGUGGAGAGCACCUGCCUUCUAUUGAAGAUGGCAGUGAUCGAACAACCCACAGACCUGAGCAGCGGGAUUUGCAGUGUGACCCAACUGGUUUAGCUGAGACCUCUCCUUUAUGUCAUAAGAAAGUUGCCUUUCGGACCUUGCCGGAGAUCCGCUUUAUGACACAAAGCACACAAGUAGACCAUGACAGUUGUCAGUCAGCUAGUGAGGAAGAAGAAGAAAGCGCAGACUCUGCAGGAUUGCGGCUUAAUGGUGCCCACCGCACAACCAUGUCUGAAAGUUCCCUAAGAGAUUCUCUGAAUUCUGAUGGUACACAAAGACUUUUCACGGAAGAGCCCAUCUCUGUUCAGAGGGCAAGGAACAAGUUGUCCGAGCAGGAGCUGAAGGAAAUGUCUGAGAAGCUUGCCCGUCGACUGGAUGCCCUGGAUCAGAUGUUGAAAAAGGCAUUGGGUGAGCAAGGGCUUGAUACUGAUCCGAAGGAGGAAGAUAAAUUAUCCCAACAUAGUGACAGCAUUAUGGAAUUUCGCAGGAAGAAGCAGCUGCAAGCUGUCCAGCACUCGAAGAAACUUCCCACCAGGCCACGGUCUCUGUCUUCCUCUCCAAUACCACAUGUUCCCUCCCUCAGUGCACAGUUUGAGGAUGUACUUCAUAAAGAAGGCAAGGGCGAGAUGGGCCGGAUUAGAAGAGAGGUGCAGAAAGGGCUGGACCAGCAGCGGGUAAAGUCACAGAUGUUAAAUCAAGCCUACGAGGAGGAAUUGAAAGAUUUGGAAGACCGAGAAAUGGCCAAAUUGUCAAAAUUAAAAGCCAGAUUAAAGAAGUCGGAGCAAGAAUGUAAGGAAAAUAUAUUUAAACAGCCCUCAAAAAGAUCUCAAGCAGAGAGAAUUUACUCCAGGAAACAGACUUCCCGUAAACCUGUCCAGUGGCGGCAGCCACCGCCGCCAUCUAGCCGUCCGCCUACACAAAUGAAGAUCAAGGAUAACGACAUGCUUCCUGUGCUGUUGGACGAGUUUCCCCAUCUGCAAAUAUCCCCACACACACUGAAUACAAUGUGGAAGGGGCAGUCCGUGCAGAUCGAGCAGCUCAGUAAGGCUGCAGAGGAUGAUGAGCGCAGUGAAAGACGGCUGCAGCAAGAGGUAAAUGACGCUCACAAAAAACAAGAACUGCUGGUGGACCUGAUCAAGAAGGAGCAGGAACAUAAGCAACGUCUGAAAGAUUUCAAGGAUCGAAUCAGACUUCAGAAAACUGCUCAGAAUAAAAUGAAGGAGAAUCGGCAACAGGUAGCCCGCGCUAAGCGAUACUACGAUGAUUACCAUGUACAACUCAGAGCAAAAAUGAUGAGGGCGCGGACCCGAGAAGAGCGGAUCGUUAAGAAACUCUUUGCUGAUGGGUUGGAGCUGCAGAAACAGAGACUUCGAGAAAUGCGAUCAUAUGCAAAGGAGCUGCGAGAGGAGCAGAGAAAGCGGCACAAAGAUGAGUUGGAGUCCAUGGAAAACUACUACAAGGAUCAGUUUUCAAUGCUGGCGGAGGCAGUUACUCAGGAACGCCACAAUAUUGAAGUCCAGGAGAAGGUGCAAGGAAAGACUCUCCAGAAAAUGAAGAGGGAACUCAGAGCAAAAAUGGAGCGCGAGAUCCAGGAGCUACAAGAAAUGAUUAUAAAGGCAGACGAAGACGCGUUUUUCCGGGAACUCGAUGCUGACCGUUUAAAGAAGAGACUUGAAAUGGCAUCAUUUCAGUACAGUAAGAGCCACGGUCUGUAGUUUUGCCAAACUACCCGCAGAGGGCACUGGAAGUUAUCUUUCAAUGAGCGCAGAUACUGUUUUAAUUCUUUACUUGCUGUACUACAUGUUGCUAUGCAACACACAACUGCUGCUUUAUCAUUUGAUGAAUUUACUGUAACUUCAGGCACAUAAUUGACCGUGAAAUAAGUUUCUCCAAACUCUAACUUGUAUUAAUAAUGUAGCCAAAUGCAGAAGUGCCUUAACGUAAACAGUUUGUAAAAAAUAACCGUCAAGUACCAUCACAGGAUUUUUGUAAUUUUUGAUUUUAACUAUUUAUUUAUAUUGGGAUUGUAACUUAUUUUUUUAUUUUAAUCUGUCUUUGAUUCACUUUUAAAGUAAAAUAAUUUUUAUUCCUGUGUCGUGGUCUUUGAAGAAUCUUAAUACAUAAAACUA